CGCUGCGAUCCAUCGCAGCGCCGUCGCCCACCGUCCCUCUGCAGACCUCAAACCAGGCAUGAGCAUCGUCCAAGCCCAAAAGAAGCGCCGCGGCAACAAUGAAGUGGCGGUAAGACUGCCGAGUUCGAGCAUCGCGACGAGCGGCCCCGGGAGUGGGUUAAGAGCGCUACAAGAAGAGGACGACGAGGAGCCCCGCACAAGUAACUUGCAAGCCCCGAUCAUGUUACUGAGCGGCCAGGACGCUCCCGUCUACGGCGUCAAGUUCUCGCCGACCGGCGACGUCCUCGCGUCGGCGGGCGCCGAGAAGGCGAUUUAUCUGUGGGAGGUCUACGGGGAUUGUGCAAAUUACAACGUCCUCCGAGGUCAUCAAAAUGCCAUCCUAGACUUAUCCUUCUUUCGGGACGGGCGAACUUUGGCGACGGCUUCUGCCGAUAAGAGUGGCGCCUUGUGGGACGCCCAUAAAGGUAAAAGGAAGCGGAAAUUACCUUGUGCUUCGAUAGCGAACGGCUGUUGCGCCGGGUCGAUGGACGACCACGUCGCGGUAGCCUGCGACGAUGGUUCGGUAUUGUUGUGGGACGCUAGACAACGGAAGCCCGCCAAACAACUACAAACGCAGUACGCGCUAUGUGCGGUCGCGUUGGAAGGUUCGGAGAAUCGGGUCUUCGCCGGCGGCCUCGAUAAUGUGAUUAGAGGAUGGGACCUGCGGAGCGACGAGGUCGUGCUGGAGUUAAAAGGCCACGGGGACACGGUCACGGGUCUAAGCCUGUCGCCGGACGGCUCUCGGUUGCUCUCGAACAGCAUGGAUAGUACAUUAAAAGCGUGGGACGUCGCGCCCUUCAGCCCGUCCGAGCGGUGCGUCGCGACCUUCGAGGGCCACUCGCACGACUUCCACAAGAAUUUAUUGCGGUGUUCUUGGUCCCACGACGGCGAAAAGGUCGCCUGCGGCUCGGCGGACCAGAUCGUCCACGUCUGGGACGUCGCCUCGACGGAGGAGUUGUACUACCUUCCGGGACACAAGGGAGCAGUGACCGAGGUCGACUUCCACCCGAAGGAGCCGAUCCUCGCGUCGGCGUCGUCGGACACGACGGUAUACCUGGGGGAGAUCGCGUAAGUAGUCUUUGCCUUU